AUGAAACAUGCAAAACACUCGUUUGCUCAGACAACGCCUGCGCUGCCGUAUGAGUAUAAGCUCAGGCGGUACAAACCCAGAAAAAUCAGAAAAGAAGAAGUCAAGGAGGUCGAUGAAAUAGAGAAAUUUGCAAGUUGCACUGCAGGAAGAAAGCAGGACGACAAAGAGACCAUGCACUCGCACAGCGUGGCGUUUCGGAGGCACAUACGAAGGAAGGAUCUGGAAUUGAAGAUAAAGAAAACCGCUUUGGAGGCAGACGGAGUAAAAGAGCCGCCUGCCCCUUGCCACUUUGAGGUUGUGCCUGUUAAGGAGACCUCCGAAGACACGGUGUAUACAUUUGAUGUUGUCCCCUGGGAGAAGAACAUUGACAACAUAAAGGAGGACAGAGAGGCAGAGGGCAAGCUCCUGCUGGACCACAACUACGACAUCAUGCAGUGGGAGCAGAGAGUGAUAUACGACGACUCAACAGUGAACAUGCAGAAGCUGGACACGCAUUUGGUAAUCGAUGCGAACGACCGGAAUCUUCUUUUCGACAUAGUGGACAAGGAGGUUUCAAAAGAGAAAAAACCCAAAAAGAAAAGACACCAUUUGAGGCUGCUUGCAGGGAAGUACAACAUAUCCGGGGACAAGAACUACAUAGAAUCAAACGAGACGCUUAAAAGCGCGCUGGGAAUACAGGGCGUGCAGCACUCAAUACCGGCCCUGAAGCUGGCACCAGAGCUGUACAAGACGUACCUGAGCAAGGAGGAGCUGAGGUUCUUCCACAGGCCGCCGCUGCACAUGGCCCCGGGAACAGAGAUCAAGUUCGUUCCUUUGAUAGAAAGCGUUGCCAAGCCGUCUUCCAUUCUCAAGAAGAAGAAAGAGCUGACGCUCCGGGACACUGCCGACUUUGUGCUUCUUGAAUACUCGGAGGAAAUUCCUCCGUUGAUCAUCAAGACGGGAAUGGCCAGCAUUAUAACCACGUUCUACCGGAAAAGCACGUCCAAGGACACGCCAACGCACGAGCCUGAUGUGGGAGGAAUGACUGUUUUAGAGCCCAAGGAUCCGUCUCCGUUUUUAUUCAUAGGAGACGUCCAGCCGGGGGAGAGCAUAUCCGGAAUCGUGAACAACUUGUACAAGGCGCCUAUUGUGUUCCACAAGAGCAAGGACCUGGUGGCUAUCCGGACAAAGGGAGAGAAGCCGGCGUAUUACAUCCGGCCAAUCGACAGUGUCGGGUGCGUGGGGCAGACGCUUCCUUUGGACGAAGCCUUCAGCCCGCACUCGAGAAGGCACAACGUGUUUUGCAAAAACAGAAUGAAAGUGGCUGCGUACAGGCUUUUCUAUGAGAAGGGAAACAAAGAGAGAAAAAUGUUUAUAUACCAGCUGGACGAGAUGUUCCCGCACUUCAGCGAGGGAAGCAAGAGGAAGUGGCUGAAAGAGUACUCUGAGUGCAUAAAGAAGGGAAAGGACAACUUGUGGGUUUUGAAGCCGUCUGCGUCCCUUCUGAGCGAGGAGGAUCUGCGGAGGCUUGUGACGCCGGAAAAGGUCUGCCAGUACGAGAGCAUGCUGGCGGAGGAGAGACGGCUGAAGGACGCAGGAAUUGUGCUGGCGUCGGCGGAGGAGGAGGCCGGAGAAGAGGAAGAGCUGAAGCAGACUGUGUGGAACUGCACCAGAAACUUCGUGAAUGCAACCGCUGGAAAGGGGAUUCUGGAGAUUUCGGGGUCAGGCGACCCCACGGGAAUAGGCGAAGGCUUCAGCUUCGUAAGAGCCAAGAGAAAGGAAAAGGAGACAGAAGACGAGGGCGAGAAAAAAACCACGGUGGAGCAGAUGCAGGGAUACAAGGACGAAAUAAAGAAGAUCUGGGACAUGCAGAUGCACGCGCUUAGAAACACCAACCCCCCCGAGCCCCCAGCGUACGAGAAGGUGGAGCACGUGGAGAAGGUCAAGAAAGUCGUUCCCGAGGCAAAGCCGUAUAAGAUACUGACAAUCACAAGAACUGUUGUAAGGGGGGAGAAAAAGACGCAGGAGACCGAGGUAGUCACGGACUCGCGGAUUAUUGAGGCAUACAUGAAAGCCAGGAAGAAGCAGUCAAAAGAGGACACGCGGACUUCUCUGCGGUGCGGGUCUUGCGGGCAGAUAGGGCACAUGAAAACAAACAAGUCGUGCAAGAACUACCAAGGAAAGCCUGCAGAGAAAAAAGAAAAGAGAAAAAGCCCGCGGCUGCUUCUGAGCGAGAUUAUACAGGGCGUUUUAAAGGAGCUUUUUGCUGUUCCCUUUUCCAUAGCCUUCCACCGGCCGGUCUCUCUGAAGAAGUUCCCGAAUUACUUGAGCUUCAUUCCAAAUCCAAUUGAUUUGUCCACAAUGAAGACAAAGGCAAGAUCCGGCGACUACAGAACGUACAGCGCAUUUAUUAAAGACAUGCAGCUUAUGAACAGCAACUGCAGUACGUACAACGGGCCCGGACAUUCUCUGACUAAAAUAUCGGAGGAAAUGCUGGAAAUAGCGACAGCUGCGUACAGCAAGAACCAGGAGGCAAUUGAAGCGCUGGAAAAGACGAGUGAAUGA